AUGCUCAAUUCUACUGCAGAGAACGAAUUCCUGCUUACAAGAUUUUCUGAUGUGUGGGAGCUCAGAGUCUUGCACGCCAUGCUCUUCCUACUGCUGUACUUGGCAACCCUGAUGGGGAAUCUUCUCAUUGUCACAGUAACCAGCCUGAACAAGAAUCUUCACACCCCCAUGUACUUCUUCCUCAGAAAUCUGUCUGUCUUAGACAUGUGUUUCAUUUCUGUCACUGUACCCAAGGCCUGUGUCACUUUUCUCACUGAAAACAGGACCAUUUCAGUGGCUGGGUGUGCAACUCAGAUAUUCACGGUCAUUUUCUGUGGGUUUGUGGAGGUGAUGUUCCUCACCUCCAUGGCCCGUGACCGCUGUGUGGCCAUCUGCCAGCCCCUCCACUACCCUGUGGUCAUGAACCAUCGGGUGUGUGUCCAGAUGACACUGGCCUCAGUACUCAGUGGUGUGGUCUAUGCAGGAUUCCACACUGGAAACACAUUCCGGCUGUCCUUCUGUCAGUCCAACGUGGUCCAUCAGUUCUUCUGCGACAUCCCCUCUCUGCUGAAGCUCUCCUGCUCUGACACCUUCGGCAAUGAAAUUUCAAUUUUUUUCACUACAAUGUUGAUUGAGGGGGGCUGCUUUGCCUUUAUUACCAGGUCUUAUGUUUACAUAUUUUCUGCUGUGCUCAAGUUUCCAACCAGCAGAGAGCGGGGAAAAGCCUUUUCCACCUGUGUCCCUCACAUCCUCGUGGUGACCGUCUUCCUCAGCUCAGCGGCUGCUGUGUAUGUGAAGCCAACCUCCACCUCAUGCACAAUUCAGGACAUGGUCACCUCUGUGUUCUACAGCAUAGUCCCUCCUUUCCUGAAUCCUAUAAUCUAUAGUCUUAGAAACAAGCAGAUAAUAGAGGCUACGAAGAAAAUUAUGAAGAGAAUGCUUUAUUCAGGAAAGUAG